CUACAGCCGCCAUUUUGCAUUUUUAACUCCAUCACCGCCUGCGUGCAUCCAAUCCCAGAUCAGCACCAAAUGGGAGAAGUAAGUGAACGUGUGGAGAUGACACCGUAGCACGUCAAGAAACGCCAUCCUGCGUGGUGUAUGGUCCGGGACAGUUUUUGAUGAAUGGAUGUAUGCAAGGAAGAUGAUGGUUAUGAAGAUUGGCCAUUCAGCUGAACCAGGAAAACAAUAAAGAAGGUUAGGAUUUGGCCAAGCGGUAAUGGACGAUUGCUUGGUAGAAAAAUGAAACAUCAAGGAAGUAUAAAAGGCUGUGGACGAAUCCUUGAAGAUAGGCAGACACAUCCGGUGUACCGUGUUGAGCAGUGUUCUAGCUUCCGGGAGCGGUUUUAUCAUUAUAAGUGUAGGUAGGAUUUCGUUUUUACGGCACCGGAUGAGGCAGUGUGUUGCUCGGGCCGAAAUCUAACGGGCGUGUUUGUGCUUUUAAUCGUUUUACGGUGUCCGUUGAAUCGAGCCAGUUUCUUGUCGCUCGGUGUAUUUAUUCGGAGUGCCUUUCUGUGUAUGUGUGUUUCAAUUUAAAUUCAAAUCAAGAUGUCCUCCAGAAAUAUUCUGCUUCUAAGCGUGCUGUUGAUGGGAUACCUCUACUGGAGUUUAGCCCAACCGAUGACUGUAUAUGAGAUGCUUUGUACGUUGAGACAAGCAGUAGAUAACCCGAACGAGUGUAAAUUUGGAUUUUUUACUAACAUCUGCCAAAAGUUGGAAUGCUGGAAGGGUCCGGGAGAAGAGUGCGGUGACAAUAUGUCCGCCUAUAUCCGCUAUGGCCAGUGUGCUUCUGGGUUGAUAUGUUGUAACGGUGAAUGCAAGGGUUGUAUCAACGGCAUCUGUAACAGUGAACCAUGUCAUCCACCCCACUCCUACCAGUUGCGCUCAGAUCCUCAUAUGAUGGAACGCCGCAUGGACCCACUGUACAGGAUCUUCGAUCACUACACAACAAGUAAUUGGGACGAAUAAAGUCCACACUCAUACACACAAACACCAGACAUCUCGAUGUGGAAGGAUGAUGUCUUCUCUCAUCGCAUGUUUUGCAUCCCGCCCGCACAAUAUCAUAACAUAGAAAACUAACUGCUUGUCACAGCAAUGGUAGCCACUUCAAACGGUGUUAAGCUCUGAAAUGAGUAAGCUCAGUUCCUUCGCCCACUGUCAGAACUAGCUCAUUUCAGGUCAGUUGUGCCACGAUGCAUUUAAUAUUCUAGCCCCAGUGUUACCGUUCCAGCAGUGCGCUUUCGCUAACAUGGAAUAGGAAGACAGCCUUCAAUAAAGUUACAUCUACAGCCCAGUGAA